AUGAUGCCCCGUCUGCCGGGCGGCGGCAGGACAACGAGCGGAACCACUGGCACCCUGCUAUCGGCUUGUCUGGUCUCCGCUUGUGCUGCGCUCCGGAGCUGCGGGGAGGUCCAGUGCGGCGACGGCCAGCAGUGCUGCCCGCCCGUCGUGGCCAGCAACGGCAGCGCCGGUACCGCGGUGCGCUGCUGCAAACUCCCCAUCCAUAUUUUUUUCGACAACGUGGGCUGGUUUACGCGGAAGCUGUCGGGAAUCCUGAUCCUGCUCCUGCUCUUUGCCAUGGGCUACUUCAUCCAGCGGAUCAUCUGCCCGCGGCCCCGCCGGCACCCGCACAACGACCGCGGCGAGGAGCCCUCCCUCUUUCACGGACACGCGUCAGCGUCCCAGGACUCCCUGCUGGACCGCUACCCAGAGUACAGCCUCGGGGACUUCACCUCCCCGAGUCUGCCAUCUUAUGACGAGGUGAAAUACUUACCCACGUACGAGGAGAGCAUGCAGGAGAUGCACAGAGACCGAUCCGACGACAACUUGCUGUCGGAGGCUGAGCAAUGCGGACCGUGCGAUGUGGGCAGCAGGGGGACAGCUGCGGGACCGAGGGCUGCAGACCAGAGGCGGGAUGUCCUGCUGGAGGCGCCCGCACCGCAACACAGCCCUGCAAGGACAUCACGGAACUCUGUGUGACGGGAAAAAACAAAAACAAAAGCUGCAGAGACAAUAUAGCAUUCUUAUUUUAAUACCACCAGGGUAAUUAUCCUGCUGCAGAGACACAAACUCAAGUGCAAUUAUAAUCCUGAAUGUCAAGAAUAAAGAAGGAGGCUGAGAAAAUCUACGUGUUUUGUUAGAUUAUAGGGGAUUAUUGGCCUUUGGGAUGCAAAUGACCGCUUGGGUUAAGUGAAGGAGGUUAUUAAAUAUAAGGGAGGGCGUUGAAAUUGAGGCUCUUUGUGUUAGAGACAGAUAAUGUGGCUCCGCUAUACAAUCCCAUUAAGUGUUAUUUCAGCACUGCAAUUUUUGGUGGCACCGUGAAACAGUUUUCCUUUUGUCAAAAUCCUCGUCCUUUCUUCUUCUUCCUGCUAAAAUAUUCUGCUGGAUUUAUGAGAUCUCCUGAACUUUAUUUAUUCUUUGUUGAAUUUGCAUCCAAAGGGGAAGAUUUUUUUUUCCUCAGUAACCUCAGUGACCCCUUACGAGGGCUGAAAGUGUUGAAUAUCAUUUUAAAUACUUCACCAGUCAAAUUUAAACCAUGCUGCUUUCAUUUUAAUAAGCAGAAAUUUAAUAUUCUAAGGAAAUUACGCACACACACAUGCAGCAGGCUUCAACCACUGGUAUAUUGGUUGGCCUAAAAAGCUCGUGAAAACUGCUCAUCAUUAUAGAUUCUUCAAGCCCAAGGUGACAUCAUAUCCAGCCACUGUAACAGACAGGCUCAGUCCCAGUCACACUUAUAUUUUCAAGGCUGGGUGAGACGAUUAUGUAUUAAUUUAUAGAAAUAUUGCUUUAAAUCGUAAUCAAAUGACUAAUCAACAAUCAAGUAAUUUACUGGCAAGACCUGAAAUGGAAAUUCAACAUCAUUUACAACUUAAGCAAAAGCACAAGCAGGUGCCAAACACAAAACAGUGGCCUCAACCUUUCAAAAUCCACACAACCUAUCAAUCUGAGAAGCUCCAUGACGGUUUUCUACCGUCAGAAAGACAAGAGUGUACCCUCACUGCGACAAUAUCAGCAUAUUAAAGUUGUCCUUUGACCACAA